AUGUUUUUAUUUUUCCUUCUCAUUUUCAGCCUUUCACAUCCCUUUUCUAUUUUUCUCUUUUCCAUUUUUUCUUUCACUUCUCUCUCCCUCCCCGCCCACUAUCACUUUUUAUGUCUUUUUCUCUGUCUUCUUUUCCUCCUCUCUUUCUAUUCUCCUUUUCCAUUUCAUUUUUUUUUUUCAAUUCUUUUCGCCCUCUUUUCUUUAUUUGUUUCUCUCCUUAUUCUCACUUUUCGUCCGCUCUUCUUCUCCUCCUCCUCCUCCUCCUCCUCCUCUUUUCUCUUCUCUUUUUCUUUUUUCUCUUCUUUUCCUCUUGUUUUUCUUUUUUUUUCUUCCUUCUUUUCUUUUCCUACCUCUUUUCUUUCUCACUUUUUCUUUUUCUCUUUUAUUCACUUCUUUUCCUCUUUCUCAUUCUCACCUUCUAACCCCUCUUUUAAUAAAAUAGGAUUUUUUCCUUUCGCUCCUUUCUCUCUAUUCUCUCUCCUUCUCUCAGAUUUUCAUUCUCCUCUUUCUUUCUAA